AUGCAGCCCUGCCUGCUCCUCGUCCUGGCCCUGCUGGGCACGACCUCCGCCAGCCAUCCCGCCCCCCACCACUCCCAGGAGGUCCCCGGCAUGGCCGAGGAGGGCCGCCGGUUUCGCUACGCGGUGGUGACCACAGCCCACACCUACGCUGGCGCCCAGUGGCACUGCCGGGAGGUGCUGCGGGGGCAGCUGGCCUCGGUGCACAGCGCCGCACGCAACCAGCAGCUGCUGAACCUGGCGCGCACCUACACCCACCACCGCAAGCUCUGGAUCGGGGCUGUCACCGGCCGCUGGGUGAGGGGGGUCCAGCCCCCACCCGGGGUGUUGGGAGUGGGGCUGGGGCUCGAUGUGGGGGCUGGGGCUGGGAAUGGGGUUGGGGCUGAGUGUGGGCUGCUGGGGCUGGGUAUGGGUGCAGGAGCUGGGUGGGGUUAUGGGGUGCUGGGGCUGGUGUUAGGACUGGCUAAGAAGUGCUGCAGCUGGGUGCCGGAGCCAGUGAGGGGAAUGGGUGUCAGGGCUGGGGCUGGAACUGGGUAUGCAGCCCUGGGGCUGGAGUGCUGGGGCUGGGUAUGGGUGCUGGGCUGGUUUUGGGGGUGAGGGGCUGUGUAUGGGGUGCUGGGGCGGGGUGCUGUGUGCCAGGCGCUGGGUGCUGAGGAGGUUCUGUGGCAGGGGGGGAAGUGGGGGUCACAUUGGGAGGAUGCCAGCCCCUGGAACUACGCCAACUGGGCGCCCACCUACCCCCACCGCCUCUUCACCACCUGCACCACUCUCAGCGCCCGCGGUGAGGGCACCCGCACCCCCCACCCACUGUGCCAGGGCACCUGGGCACUGGGUGGGGAGCACACGGCUACUGGGGGCAACGGGAAGGGGGUGCUGGGAGGAGGCACAGGCCACUGGUGGCAAUGGGAGGGGGCAGUGGGAGGGGGCACAGGACUACUGGGGGCUCUGGGAAGGGCACUGGGGGGGCACAGGCCAUUGGUGGCAGUAGGAGGGGGCACUGGGCUACUGGGGGCACAGGCCACUGGUGGCAAUGGGCUCUGGAGAAGCAAGCUCUGCUCCCAGCUGCACCCCUUCAUCUGCCAGUACUGA